GAGGACGCCAUUGUUGAGAGCAGAGAAGCUGUAAUGGUGUCGCCUGUUGGCAACUCCAUUCCAACUUCAAGAUUGAGCCAUUUCCUCAAACCCAGAAAUCUCUCCACCUCUUCCAUUGAAGGGCAGGUUCAUCUCAAGCACCCAUUACUGUUCCCUUCCUCUGCACCACUGUUCUGCCACGGUAAGAAGUGGCCGCUGCAAGUGAGCUUCAUGGGCUGGCAGAAUCCGAACCCUAAGUGGAAAUCAUGGGUCGACCACUUGUCCCCGUCUUACCAAUCCGUGUGGAGGGAAGCUGGCAUCUACGAAGCAAUCUUGGGUUCCACUUGCAGCUUCCGUAAGGACGACGGCUUGAUCAUGGCAAUGGCGGAGAAAUGGUGUCCGGAGACUAACACGUUGUUUUCCCCUGGGGCGAGGCCACGCGGGAUCGAAAUCGAGCACGAAGCUUUUCUCUCGCUGUGGCUGGAGAGGUUCGUUCUCAAUGAUUCCGAGGGUUCUCCCAAAGCUUCAGUUUUCCCUAUUGCUUUACAUUUAGCCAGGGCGAAACCUGUGGGGCUUGCUUCAGCAGUUCUGGCAAACAUUUAUAGGGAUAUGAGCCUGUUGAAAGCAACGAUAGUGUCUGCUUCACAGAUGGAGACAUCUGAACCUGAUGCCGAGGUAAUGGCGGUCAACCUUUGGUCUUCACUUCAUUUGGUCCAGCUGUGGGCUUGGGAGAGAUUUCCUAAGCUCCGCCCAACACCCAAUCCCAUCCAAAAAGAUGAACCCAGGUCAUUUAUGUGGGACAAUUUGAGAAGCAGGAGAGUUAGGGAUUUGAGGUUGGCUUUGGACUCAGCAGGGGAUACUUUCAGCUGGAGGCCUUAUGCUGUUUCACUCAAUGGUUGGCAGUUUCCAGAUUUCUACAGGGGAAAUGGAGAAUGGUUGGACAUGGAGUCUAAUGAGAGCUUGCUGCCCUACUCUUUAUGUCUGAGGGUAUCUGAGCUGGUGGGUCAAGGUUGUGUGGAGCAGUAUUUGCCACAUCGUGUUGCCAUGCAGUUUGGGAUGGAUCAAGACCUUCCUCACAAUGUUGAUCCAUCAAAUGAGUGCCCUGAAAUGGUUUGGCUAAAUUAUAUUAUGUCGUUUGGUAAUGCUAAAGUUUACGUUCCACCUAGGUUAUUUGAGCCUGAUGUUACUGUUGGGUACUUGAACUGGUGGAGAGAGCCGAUGUUGUCAUCAGAAGGCUUGCUUAAGGAUGCGCCAAUUGCAAAUGGUCUUGCACGACGAAGAAGAACUCCAAGUAAGAGAAGAAAGCUUGCUCAUUUAUAUUCAUCAGGUGAUCUGGAAGCUAAUAUUACUCCACAGGUAGCACAAGGUGUACUUUUUCCUUCUGGUCUUCUUACCAUGUCACGAGAAGUAAAAGUUGAAAAAGUUGAUGAUGAUAAUCUUUUAUCAUCUGCUAAAGAAAGCCAGAUAGUCCUACGUAAACUUGUGGAAGUGAAAGCAGAAACUAACUAUGAUGACUUCGAUUAUCAUUCACUUGGUGUUUCACGUGCAAAAGAAAGCCUUACUUCACAUAGAGAGGAGUUGUUGCUGGCUACACCAGUAAAACAUGCUUCUGCCAUGGUGUCUUCUGCAGAAAGAGCAAGUUCUUCCGAAGAUUCAAUGGAGACCAAGCCUGUGAUUCCAGCUGAUCAUUUGAGGCACCUAGAGAAGAUUGGAGGAGAUAUAUGUGGGGAUAAAUCAAGGAGCAUAACAGAACUAGCAGUACUUGACCGGCUUGCAGAACUUGAGAGAGCUCUUGCUGAGUUGAAGGCAACACAAUGCAUCGUCAAGGUUGAAAGAGACUAG